AUGCAGCAAGCGGGAAUUCCAGCUUGGAAAAGACUCGGACUCAAAUUGAAAUAUGCGAAGGAUUCGCCAGAGCCUAUUGUAACCUCUGAUUGUAAUCAAGAACACACCAUCCAAAAAUCAGGGAAGGACCAGCUUGCUCCCUCCGAACCACCAAAGAAGAAACGAAAGGUUGAGCCAGAAACGAACGGCCAUUCCACGACUGCUGAGAGCAAACCAAGCACAUCCCAGGCAAAUCAACCUGGUGAGGGACACCACACGAAGAAGCCGAAGAAACGAGUGUCAUUCUCAGUUGACACAAAGCCCAUUGCCGAGGCCUCAGCAGCCUCGUCGUCAGACCAGGAUUCCAACCCUAAAGAGUCCCAAAAGUCCCAUGAGUCCCGGGCUAAACCAAAGAAGCCUAAGUCGAAGUCCAAUAAAAUCCCGCAACAGGAGCCUGUCAAGAAAUCAAAUGCAUCUCUUGAUUAUCUCGAGCAAUACUACCGAACCCGUUCAGAGUGGAAGUUCAACAAGAACCGAGAGACUUGGAUCUUGAAGCAUAUAUUUUCCGAGGAGGACAUCCCCAGGGAGUAUGAUGUCUCGUUGACAAAAUAUAUCCAUGGCCUACAAGGCGCCAGUGCCCGUGAGAGGCUGCGUUCACAGUGCAUCGACGUGCUACGAAAGGAGGGAGAUUCUCCAAGUGGAAAAGAUGCCCAACAAGAGGACAAAAGUGACUCCCGACAUGAAGAGUUCUCUCGGACAUUCCGUCAGAACCUUCGGGACGAACUUAAGCCCCAGAUCGAGGGAGAGGCGAACGAAGAGUAUGUGACCUGGAUUCGGCAGCAAUCGCGGGCUAGAUUGUUGCUCUGGAGCCUGGGUUUCGACGACCAAGAACUCGCCUCAAGUGUCGCACAACUCUCUGGACGGAAUGGCAAGCCGGGAGAUGUGUACACCAAUAGCGAUUCGAAGGUAACACACAAGGAGAAGAAGAGAAAAAACAGGACUGCAGUUGUGGACUAUGACAGCUCCAGCUCCAGCUCCAGUGAGAGUGACAGCGACACCGACACCGACAGCGAUACAGACACUGACGACAAUCAUGGAGAAGCUACGAAGCAGCGCCAGGCUGACGAGGAGACGUCCAGUAGCGGCAGUAGUGACGAUGAUACAGACGAGGACAGCGAGUCCAGCACCGACAGUGACAGUGACAGUGACGACUGA